CUGCCCCCGCCCCGUGGCACAUAAAGAUGCCUUGCCCGGCGCCGGCCCGGCACACGCGUCCGCUGCCCAACUCUCUGACCCGGCUGGGACAUGCCCCCGCCCCGCCGCCCGCCCGCGCUGCGCUGGCUCCUCGCCGCCUGCUGCCUGUGCGCCGCGCCGCGCGCCUCAGGCUUGCCGCAGCCUGGCGCCCGCCACCGCCACGCCUCGGACCUGCCUGACAGCCAGCAACUGGCACUGUGUUUCAGUCAAUGGACAGAGCUCAAUCAACCCCAGAUCUCCAGUUCUAUUAUGGAUCUUUGUAACUCCAUAUUUAAUAGCAUGCAGAUAGCUGAGGAAAAUAGCAAGGAAAUAUAUAAAAGAUUUUUAUUUCACUACUCAAGAGCUCAAGAUUCAGCAUAUCCACUUAAAAAUGGGGAACAAAUUGCUACUGCAGAGUUUACAAAGAAGGAUAGUCCUGGUACCAUGGGACGACCCUUUUUUCUUUUCAGGCCUCGAAAUGGAAGAACUAUUGAAGAUGGUGGAAUGUAGGCCAUCCAGAAGAUUUCCAUGGAGCAUGAAGUUAACGGGGCGACUGCUCAGUCCAUAAUCAGACUUGAUUUAUACAAGGAAAAUAAACCUCCUCUUGGACUAUUUGGGCUGAAACCUAUUCCACUUAUUAAGUGAUAAAUUCACUAAGACACCUAAAUGUGAUCCUAUUCCACCCUGCUUGAGCUUUUGAAAAACCGUUAAUACAUCUACUUUUAAAUUAUGGCAUCAUCUUAGCUAGCACACUAAUAAAUAACAAAAAGCAGCAAGGAAGAAAAAGAAACCCUACAUUACGUUAAUAGUUUUUCAAGGACAAAAUAGGAUGGAAUAGGAUUGUACUUAGGUGCCUAAAACCACUUAGGCACCUAAUAGGUAGAACAGGAUAUAGCCCCUUGUCUAUUGUAAGUGACUCACUUGUCUAGAGUAUACUGUUCCAUCAAAUAAAUUUGCAAUUGUUAAUCA